GAGGCCGGAAGUGUGUCGCGCUCGCAAGAUGGCGACUCCCUAUGUGACUGACGAGACCGGGAAGUACAUCGCCUCCACGCAGCGCCCUGACGGCACCUGGCGGAAGCAGCGGCGGGUGAAGGAGGGAUACGUGCCCCAGGAGGAGGUGCCGGUGUACGAGAAUAAAUAUGUGAAGUUUUUCAAAAGCAAACCCGAGCUGCCCCCGGGGCUGAGCCUGGAGGCCACCGCGCAGCCCGGCAAGCAGCCCGGCAAGGCGGAGAGCGGCGAGACGGGACUGUCCAAGGCGGCGAAAAGGAACUUGAAACGCAAAGAGAAGAGGAAGCAGCAGCAGGAGAAGGGGGAGCGGGAGACAGACGAACUGAUCCAGGCGCUGGAGAAGGCCUCUCUGUCGGGGGGCAGUGGCGGGGACAAGGGCCCGCCGGGGGACAGUCGGGCGGCUGUGCCGCAGCCGGCCUGUGGCACCAGGGCCCCCGCCGAGGGGGAAGCCCCCGCCUCGGAGAAGAGCAAGAAGAUCAAGAACCUGAAGAAGAAGCUGCGGCAGGUGGAGGAGCUGCAGCAGCGGCUCGACUCAGGGGAGAUAAAGCAGCCGACGAAAGAGCAGCUGGAGAAGCUGGGGCGGAGGAAAGCCUUGGAGGAGGAACUGCGGGACCUGGAGCUGGACUUGUAA